CGGAGAAUCCGGGCCGCGCUUCCUCUCGCCAGGCCUGUGAGCUUCCUCCUAGCAGAGCCCCGGGCGAGCUGAGCUUGGCCGCCGCCGCCGAGCCCGCUGCCGCCCUCCCGUUCCCGCCCCACCCCGCACCCUGUCCGGGGGUCCUGCCGGGGUGGGGUCCGAGUGGGGCGACCACCCGGCCGCGCCGCCGUCGGGACAGUCCCCCGGCCAGCGGUCCCUCCCGCCCCAGCCAGCCUGUGGCCGCGGGAGCCUGCGGGGCGUGGAGCGCGGGGAGCCCCCCGCGUCCUGGGCGGCCCCCGGCAGCCGGCGCGACGUUCCAAAAUCAAACCUUGGUGGCGGCGUUCGGAAGCGGAACUCUGCCGGGGCCGCGCCGGCUACAUUGUUUCCUCCCCCGAUUCCCUCUCGCCCUCCUUCCCCCGCCUUUCUUCCCUCCCCGACCCUGGCCGCGCGGCUGCCCCCUGUGUCCGCCUGGCCGUCCCUCCUUCCCCUCUCUUCGCACCCAUAUCUCUUUGUACCGCAUCCUCGGGGGACCCCUGCGCCCCUCCCCUCUCCCCUGGCGGCAUGGACCGUCCUGCAGGCCGCUAAUGCUGCCCAAAGCGAGGUGGCCCGGACCGCAGUGCCCCAAGAGAGGCACUGGCACUCAGAGGUCUUCUCCCACUGCCUGGCCUGGGAUAAGUCAUGUUUGUGACCAUGCUCUCAUGGUACCAAGUGACAGGGCAGCCUUCCUGUGACACGGGACGCCAGAUCUUCUGAGAAGAUGUCGGCAAUACAGGCCGCCUGGCCAUCCGGUACAGAAUGUAUUGCCAAGUACAACUUCCAAGGCACAGCCGAACAGGACCUUCCUUUCUGCAAGGGAGACGUGCUCACCAUUGUGGCCGUCACCAAGGACCCCAACUGGUACAAAGCCAAGAACAAGGUGGGCCGUGAGGGCAUCAUCCCAGCCAACUACGUCCAGAAGCGGGAGGGCGUGAAGGCCGGCACCAAACUCAGCCUCAUGCCCUGGUUCCAUGGCAAAAUCACACGGGAGCAGGCGGAGCGGCUUCUGUGCCCGCCAGAGACAGGCCUGUUCCUGGUGCGGGAGAGCACCAACUACCCCGGGGACUACACGCUGUGUGUGAGCUGCGACGGCAAGGUGGAGCACUACCGCAUCAUGUACCACGCUAGCAAGCUCAGCAUCGAUGAGGAGGUCUACUUCGAGAACCUCAUGCAGCUGGUGGAGCACUACACCUCUGAUGCAGAUGGCCUCUGCACUCGGCUCAUCAAACCAAAGGUCAUGGAGGGCACAGUGGCAGCCCAGGACGAGUUCUUCCGCAGUGAGUGGCACCCCACCCUAGUCCUCACUUGCCUAUCCGCCUCCUGCUACUCAGGCUUCUUGGCAUUGCCCCAUUCCAGAGGCUCUGGAGACCUCCAGGGGUCUGCACACAUUAUAGUCCAGUCGGCAACUGUCACCCCUGCUGUGACUCUGCUCCAGCUCAGCGCCUCUCACUAUACCCCUCCCCUUCCCCCAGGUGGCUGGGCGCUGAAUAUGAAGGACCUGAAGCUGCUGCAAACCAUUGGGAAGGGGGAGUUUGGAGAUGUGAUGCUGGGCGAUUACCGAGGGAACAAAGUUGCUGUCAAGUGCAUUAAGAAUGACGCCACUGCCCAGGCCUUCCUGGCUGAAGCGUCGGUCAUGACGCAACUUCGGCAUAGCAACCUGGUACAGCUACUGGGCGUGAUUGUGGAGGAGAAGGGCGGGCUCUACAUCGUAACUGAGUACAUGGCCAAGGGGAGCCUGGUGGACUAUCUGCGGUCACGGGGUCGGUCGGUGCUGGGCGGAGACUGUCUUCUCAAGUUCUCACUAGAUGUCUGCGAGGCUAUGGAAUAUCUGGAGGGCAACAACUUUGUACACCGGGACCUGGCUGCCCGCAACGUGCUGGUGUCUGAAGACAAUGUGGCCAAGGUCAGCGACUUCGGCCUCACCAAGGAGGCCUCCAGCACCCAGGACACGGGCAAGCUGCCAGUCAAGUGGACAGCCCCCGAGGCCCUGAGAGAGAAGAAAUUCUCCACCAAGUCUGACGUGUGGAGUUUCGGAAUCCUUCUCUGGGAAAUCUACUCCUUUGGGCGAGUGCCUUAUCCAAGAAUUCCACUGAAGGAUGUUGUCCCUCGGGUGGAGAAGGGCUACAAGAUGGAUGCCCCCGACGGCUGCCCGCCUGCAGUCUACGAGGUCAUGAAGAACUGCUGGCAGCUGGACGCCACCACGCGGCCCUCCUUCCUGCAGCUCCGUGAGCAGCUUGAGCACAUCAAAGCGCAUGAGCUGCACCUGUGACGGCAGCCCUUGCCCAGGCCGUGGGCCUGUGGGGACUGAACCUGGACAGACUGUGGACCUAGUGCCCCACCUGCUGGGCCCAAGCCAGAACUGAGUCCAGUGGGCCUUUCCUAUAUCCCAGUCUGCGCCCUGCUGGCCCCCCAGGGACUCCACCUAGGCCUGGCACCUUCUCUCAUGGACCCACCUGUGGGGAUUUGGGGAGCCCCACUCAGGGGCCAAGCAGGGAAGAGGCUGAGGAGCGGGAGGCAGAUGCCCCCGCUGUGGUCAGGUUUUUCCUGGCCUCCCAUCUCUCACCUUCCUAGAGUUUUAUUCCUGUCCUUUUUUGAGAUUUUUUUCUGUGUGUUUAUUUUUUAUUAUUUUUCAAGAUAAGGAGAAAGAAAGUACCCAGCAAAUGGGCAUUUUACAAGAAGUACGAAUCUUAUUUUUCUUGUCCUGCCCACGAGGGUUGGGGAGACCCAUCGCCCCAGCUUUGUUCCCCACUCCAUGUUCCGUGUCGCCUCGGUCGCCCCGUGUUUGCACUUGACCGUGUUGCACUGUUUGCAUGCGCCCGAGGCGGACGUCUGUCAGAGGCUUGGAGCUCGUGUGUGCUGCCGCCUGCCUUCCGAGAUGGAAUUGUAAUAAACCACUCCAUAGGACACCG